AUGUCCAGAAGACACAGCGUCGUCGACGCCUACGCGGUUGUCGACGCCAAAAUCCGCGACACAAUGAACCAGUUGUCGAAUCUAUGGGAUGAGGUCGAUAUGAAGGACUCGAUGCGCUGUAAUCGGGUCGAGAAGGCGUUCGCACAUAUUACCCAGCUGUGCGAUGAUAUGGUGACCGGCGAGAGAGACAUGGUCACAUCUCUCCGACUCUCGAUUCGCGAAGACCUGAGCAAUGUGGAAAAGAUGCGUCGAGAACUCGAAAUGAAUGGAUUCCAACGGCCGGCAGACAUAAAGGACGGAUCGAUUGCGCUCAGAAGACGCCUUCAGGCAGAGGUCAAGGAUCUGGAGGAGGAAUUCAACAGAAGACACGAGGAGCAGAAGGCGUUGAUCGAGAAGCUGGAACGAUUGAAGACGAGGCUCGCGUCGGAGUUCCAGUUUGAGCAUGAUCUGCACUCGCUAUUCCCUGUAUCCGCCUUCCAACAAUACACCUCCACAGCCAACGAAAUGGAAGAGGAUCUGAGUCAACGAUGGAAGCAAGUCGAUCUGCUCCAAACCGAAAUUCGCCAAUGGCGCGAAAUGGCAAGCCACGUGGCACAACAAAUCGACGGAGACGACGAGCUGAGAAGUCUUCUGGAGACGAACAUCGACUCGGAUGUGUUCGUGUUCUCCAGACAGAUUGUGGACGAUUUGAAGGCUUACCAUCAGGAGUUGAAGCCUCUCUACGACCAAUGGCUAGAAGAAAUCGAGUUCCGCUGGACAGAGCAAUACGAGUUGCUGGCGGAUCUAUGGGAGAAGUGCAUGAUUCCGCACGACCAGCGACACUAUUCGGCGGUCUUCGAGCCCGCGAAAAACUCAGAAGACGUGCUCUCCAGAAUGCAGGCGGAACGAGAGCGUCUCGAGGCAAAGUACGCGUCGUGCAAGGGAAUCUACGACCUGGUCGAAAAAUGGAAGACGGCGUGGAACGAGAGACUGGAGAUCGAGGAGAGACGCAGACAGCCGGACUACUACAAGAAGACGAAUGUGCUGCCGGAUAACAAGAGAGAUCGAGAGCUGGGCGUGAGGAUGAACGCGUUGGAUAAGGAGAUUGCGUCGGCGUAUCGACGACAUCUCAAGGAGAAUCCAGACGAUGUGAUUAGGAUUCACGGCAAGGAGCCUUCGAUGUACAUCGCGUCGGUGGAGGAGGAGCAUCAACAGGAGAUCAAGUUCCUGCUACAACUGAAAAAGGAGGAAAAGACGCGUCUCCAAUCGCCGACACCAUCAAGAACACCACGAACGGCGCAAAAGCGUACGAUCUUCAAAACGCCAGCCUCGUCGACGAAAACGGAGCCAGUUGCCAAGAGGCUCCACUUCGAGGGAGAGCUCCCGCCGUGUAUGUCGCCAGCCACAUCAGAAAUGAUCAGCUUCAUCACGCCCACGCGUCGUCAACUGGCCGGUCCCAAGACCUCGUCACCAAAAGAGACCAUCACCCCGUCAAGAACCACGACCCCACUGUCAAAACGCGCGGCGACACCGUCCUCAAUGGCUUCUGGCGCAUCGUCAUCCCAUAAACCGUUGACGAGACGGAAUUUCUAA